AUGGGACCAGAUUCUGGGGUUUGUCUCCCAGCAGGAAGCGCCUGCAGGCAAAAAUCUGGAGAGCACAGCCCCCUCCCCCCAAACACACAUUUUGGGGAGUUUGAGCCAAAAAUAAGAAACUUCAACGGGAUUGUUUUUGUUCUGACUCAGAGUGUUUGCAUUCCUGGGCUCGGGAAUCCAUGUUUCCAGUGUGGGGUGCCAGGGAUGGCAGUGGGGUGCUCUCCCUGGGACAAGAGUCACGUUCAGCAGCACAUGAUGAGCAAAGUGGGAUUUUGGGGGGGAGAAAUGUCACCCAGAAUGGAUGAGGAGCUGGUGCAGGCAGUGUUGCUUUGGGAGAGGAGACCAGGAGCAGGUUCCUUGCUCUUCUCCAGGGCCUCAGGCUCAGGCUGGACUUCACAGGCUGGUUUAAACAGGGAACGACAGUGCCACAGCCACAUCCUGGACGGGAGGACAUGCACUGGAUGGGGCUGGAGCACCUCUGCGUCCCCAGUUUUGGGCUCACCUUGUGGGAAUGACAUUGCCCUGCGGAGGCUCUCGGAGCUGCAGGAGGGAGAGAAGUGCUGUGUGGUGGGGACGCUCUUCAAGGCCAUGCAGCUCCAGCCCUCCAUCCUGCAGGAGAUCAGCGAGGAGCACAACCUGGUGCCUCAGCCACCCCUGCCCAAGUACAUCCAGCCCUCUGACGAGCUGAUGCUGGAGGACGAGCUGCAGCGGAUCAAGCUGGAAGGAGCCAUUGAUGUGCAGAGGCUGGUGACAGGGACCAUCGUGGCUGUGUAUGGCUGCGAGCAGGAGGAUGGCAGGUUCCUGGUGGAGGAUCACUGCCUCGCCGACCUGCCGCCCCCGCUGCCCUGGAGCGGGCCCAGCUCCGACCGGUUCGUGCUGCUGGCCUCGGGGCUGGGGCUGGGCAGCAUGAGUGGGGAGGCCCUGCUGAGCACUCAGCUGCUGGUGGAUGUGGUGACAGGGCAGCUGGGUGCAGAGGGCGAGCAGAGUUGCGCUGCCCACAUCACCCGUGUCAUUCUGGCCGGGAAUCUGCUGAGCCAGAACACCCAGAGCCGAGACACCAUCAACAAGGCCAAGUACUUGACCAAGAAGACACAGGCUGCAAGCGUGGAAGCUGUGAAGAUGCUGGACGAGAUCCUGCUGCAGCUCUGUACCUCGGUGCCCGUGGACGUGAUGCCCGGCGAGUUUGACCCCACCAACUACACGCUGCCGCAGCAGCCCCUGCACCGCUGCAUGCUGCCCCUGGCCAGCGCCUACGCCACGCUGCGCCUCGUCACCAACCCCUACCAGGCCAGCCUGGACGGCGUCAGGUUUUUAGGGACCUCAGGACAGAACAUCAGUGAUAUCUUCAAGUACAGCAGCAUGGACGACUACCUGGAGAUCCUGGAGUGGACACUGCUGGCAGGACACAUCAGCCCCACAGCCCCAGACACCCUGGGCUGUUACCCGUUCUACAAAUCUGACCCGUUUAUCCUCACCGAGUGCCCUCACAUCUACUUCUGUGGCAACGCGCCCCGCUUCCAGUCCAAGCUGCUCCAAGGGAAGGAGGGGCAGCGGGUGCUGCUGGUGACGGUGCCAGACUUCAGUGCCACGCAGACUGCCUGCCUCGUCAACCUGCGCGACCUCAGCUGCCAGCCCGUCACCUUCUCCAGCUUCGGGGCUGACGGUGAGGACGGGGACAUGGAAGUUGGACAUUGACCACAGGGAGGGCACAGACUGCACAAGCUCCCACCCCUCGAGGGGUCCUGGCACCCACUCUCGCUCUCUGUCCUCUGGGAGGGUGACAGAGCUGGGGAAGCACUGGAGGGACCAGAUGUUCAUACCAAUAUAACUUGAUUUAUUUGUGUAACAAAAACUGUA